AGCCGCCAGACGUCUUUUUGCAGGAGAGGUUCGACAAGAGAGGAAAACUUCUGAUACACCAUGGUAUCGAUUAGACUCCCAACUCUAGCGCCGGUGUCGUAUGAACAUGCUGUCUUUAGUUUUAGUUUUAGUCUUUUUAUUGCUGUUCUAUUUCUUCUGCUAAUUCGUCAGCUGCUCAGACAGAGGAGACCCAAAGGAUUCCCUCCUGGUCCAUCACCGAUUCCUAUUAUAGGGAACAUUCUGUCUCUCGCCACGGAACCGCACGUCUUUCUGAGGAAACAGAGUGCUAUCCAUGGACCGAUCUUCAGUCUUGACUUAGGAGGCAUUUCGGCUGUCGUGUUGAACGGGUAUGAUGCAGUGAAGGAGUGCCUUUACCAUCAAAGUGAGGUCUUUGCCGAUCGACCAUCCUUGCCUUUAUUCAUAAAGAUGACAAAAAUGGGCGGCCUCCUCAAUAGUAAAUAUGGCAGAGGGUGGAUAGAACACCGCAAGCUGACCUCCAAUACAUUCCGUUACUUUGGCAGUGGCCAGAAGAUGUUUGAGAGGAAGAUCUCAGAGGAGUGCAUGUUCUUCGUGGACGCCAUGGACGAGCACAAAGGGAAGCCCUUCAACCCCAAACAUCUUGUGACCAAUGCCGUUUCCAACAUCACCAACCUCAUCAUCUUUGGCCAGCGCUUCACUUACGACGACGUGCAGUUCCAGCACAUGAUCCAGAUCUUCAGCGAGAACGUGGAGCUAGCCGUGAGCGGCUGGGCCUUUCUCUACAACGCCUUCCCCUGGAUCGAGGUGCUGCCCUUCGGAAAGCACCAGAAGCUGUUCCGCAACGCGGCCAAGGUCUACGACUUCCUGCUGGAGAUCAUCGAGCGUUUCUCUCAGGGCCGGGUGCAGCAGGCGCCCCGUCACUACAUAGAUGCCUACCUGGAUGAGCUGGAGCAGAGCAGAGCAGACCCUGGCUCCUCCUACUCCCGAGAAAACCUGAUAUACAGCGUGGGCGAGCUGAUCAUCGCCGGUACAGAGACCACCACCAACACCCUGCGCUGGGCCAUGCUCUACGUGGCUCUUUAUCCCAACAUACAAGAGAGGCUCCACAAGGAGAUCGACAGCGUACUGGGGGGCGCUCGACCCCCCUCAUUGGAAGACAAGCAGAAUAUGCCCUAUGUGGAGGCGGUGCUUCAUGAAGUCCUGCGCUUCUGUAACAUCGUUCCCCUGGGGAUUUUCCGUGCCACCACCCAGGAUGCGCUGGUCAAUGGGUACUCCAUCCCAAAGGGCACCAUGGUCAUCUCAAACCUGUACUCGGUCAACUUUGACGAGAAGUACUGGACCGACCCGGAGGUGUUCUGUCCUCAGAGGUUCCUGGACAGCAAAGGGAACUUUGUGAGAAGGGAAGCCUUCCUCCCCUUCUCUCUGGGGAGGCGUUGCUGUCUGGGUGAGCAGUUAGCCAGGAUGGAGAUGUUCCUCUUCUUCACCACCAUGCUGCAGCGGUUCCACCUGCAGUUUCCCCCUGGCACCGUGCCCAGCCUCACCCCCAAACUGGGGAUGACCCUUCAACCACUACCCUACGCCAUCUGUGCCGUCCGGAGGCAGCUUUGAAACCCAGCCCCCCUCCCACCCCCACCCCCAGGCACACAGACAGGCUGCCAGACAGAGACAAAACAGCUGGCCUUGCCUCUCUGAACUUUUUACGCAGAACUGCUCCCAGUUCCAAGCACUGCCCGGUGGGGCCUUUUUCUCAGCAUUUGCAUGUUUGCACAGCACUGUUUGUAAAGUCAAAGGAGCAUCGGAACAGUUACCAGAGGUCCAGGUGAGCACAAUGAGUGUGUGAACGUUUUAGCCAACAGCGGAUCCAACAGGAUGAAUCCGCAUUUCUCCUGGUGUUAUCUCACCUCCUGAUACUGGACUGGGCUCUGGUGCCGUGGUGCCUUACCGGGGGGGUUGAGACGCAUUGAGACUGGGUGGACCUCUGUGAUGGUCCCAGGCCCUGUCCCCUCUCUUUUCUCAGUCUGACUAAAGGAGAGGAGAUCCAUUUCAGCUGUAGCAGCUGGACAUGGAAUUUAGACGAGCCGUCUUUCCUAGAAAGUCUUGUACAUGUAUAUUGGCCUGGAUCCAGGCAAUAUAUUACAUCUGAACCACUGAACUUCCUCUAAGAAGAGCCCUCCAUGGGAAAACCUCUUGCCAGAAAGUUACAAGAAUUGCAGUGGGUUUCCAGAAUUGCGAAGUGAUGUCGUAUUUCAUCAGACCUCCAUCAAAUUGUAACUUCAAUGUUUUGACUUGGUAUGUUGGACAAUGACACAAUGGUGCUAUGUUGUAGAGUGUUCAUAGACAUAGUCUUACCUAAGAGCAAAAUAAACAUCUUUUCUUUUU